AUGAUCUGCCCGCGCUGCCUCCUCCGCACCGGCUCGCGGGGCCUCCGCUCCGCCGCCGCCGCCAAUCGCGCCUUCACCACCACGCGCGCCGCAUCCGCAAAAGCGCCCACCACCGACGCCGCGCGGUCCGCCUCGCCCGCGCCGCCCGCGACGUCGACCUCGGCCGCGCAGCCGCUGAGCACGCCAUUGACGCCUUCGCCCGACGCCGCCGGCGUCGCGAAGCCCGGCAAGCCCUCCUCCGCGCCCGUCCUGGUGCAGAGCUCCGUGCCGGCCGGCACGCCGCUCAAGGGCCUGAACUUCCUCAAGAACAAGACCGACCCGGUCGCCAUGGAGGAUUCGGAAUACCCCGCGUGGCUGUGGACGACGUUGCAGCGCGAGGGCAAGAGCGAAGAGGCCGACGAGGGUGACCUGUUCUCGAAAUCCAAGAAGCAGCGUCGUCUAGCAGCGAAGCGCCUCCGCAAGCAAGCCAUGUUGAACCCCGACCUACUAGCACCAAAGAUCCCCGUCUACGAGCAGAGCAUCGACCUGCCCGCAGGAGACGGCACCGCCAAGGGCAGCCUGGAGGCGGACAAGGCGAGAGAAGACCUCACCAAGGCCAUGCGGGAGCAGAGGAGAAAGGCCAUCAAGGAGGCCAACUUCCUCAAGGCCAUGGGUUAA